UCCCAGCUCAGGAGAGCCCCUCACCCGCGUUCUCCGCCCGCCCGGGCGCCGCUGUGGGGAUGGAGGAGGGACGGCGGCGAGAGCAGCGCUGGGGUUGUGGUGCUGGGGAUCCUCGGCUCUGCCUUCGCGCUGAGGUGUGCUGACCAUGCUGCCCACGACGCCGCCAGCGCUGCCCGUGAUCCCGCCCAUCUCCGAGACCCCCGUGGAGGAGGAGCUGUAGGGUUUGCUGUGCAGAUCCAUGGAGCUGGACCCCCAUGCCAGCAUGCAGGUCGGGAUGAGGGUAGUCCGUGGUGUGGACUGGAAAUGGGGCAGCCAGGACAGCGGCGAGGGCAACGUGGGCACCGUGGUGGAGAUCGGCCGCACCGGCAGCCCCACCACGCCCGACAAGACCGUGGUGGUGCAGUGGGAUCAGGGCAACAGGACCAACUAUCGCACGGGCUUCCAGGGGGCCUACGACCUGCUGCUCUAUGACAACGCCCAGAUCGGUGUCCGUCACCCCAACAUCAUCUGUGACUGCUGCAAGAAGCACGGCAUCAGAGGCAUGAGGUGGAAAUGCAAAAUGUGCUUUGACUACGACCUGUGCACGCAGUGCUACAUGAACAACAAACACGACCUGUCCCAUUCCUUCGAGCGCUACGAGACCGCGCACUCCCAGCCGGUCCUAGUGAGCCCUCGACAGAAUCUGACUCGCAUCACAUUAAAAGGGACUUUCCAGGGGGCUAAAGUGGUCCGUGGGCCUGACUGGGAGUGGGGUAACCAGGAUGGGGGUGAGGGUAAGACUGGCCGUGUUGUGGAUAUCCGGGGCUGGGACGUGGAGACCGGGCGCAGCGUCGCCAGCGUCACCUGGGCAGAUGGAACCACCAACGUCUACAGGGUGGGCCACAAGGGAAAAGUGGACCUCAAAUGUACUGUGGAAGCUUCUGGAGGCUUCUACUACAAGGAGCACCUCCCAAAAUUAGGGAAACCAGCUGAGCUGCAGAGGAAGGAGAGCACAGACAGACAUCCCUUCCAGCACGGGGACAAGGUGAAAUGCCUGCUGGACAUCGACAUCCUGAGGGAGAUGCAGGAGGGUCACGGAGGCUGGAAUCCCAAAAUGGCUGAGUUCAUUGGGCAGACAGGGACCGUGCACAGGAUCACGGACAGGGGGGACGUGAGGGUCCAAUUCAACAGCGACACCCGCUGGACUUUCCACCCCGGAGCCCUGACCAAGCUCAACACCUUUUGGGUUGGUGAUGUGGUCCGGGUGAUAGAUGAUAUGGAAACAGUGAAGCGGUUCCAACCUGGUCAUGGGGAGUGGACAGAUGAGAUGGCACCUACCCUGGGGCACAUUGGGAAGGUGAUCAAGGUCUAUGGGGAUGGAGAUCUGCGGGUGUCAGUGGGGGGACAGUCCUGGACCUUCAACCCUGCCUGCCUGACAGCCUACCAGAGGGAGGAGGAGGCCAACCUGAUGACCACAGAGAGUGCCAAGGAACCCAAAAGUACUUUGGUGACUGUCCUGGAGAAGCUGCUGUCCCAGAGGACAGAGUCAGAGCAUGCAGGGUGCCUGGUCAUUUGUGCAGCCCUCAACAAUGCAGCCAAAGUCAGGGAGCUCCUCCAGAAAUACCCAGACAAGGUGGAUGCCAAGAACCAGGGCAGGACUGCCCUGCAGAUUGCCUCUUACCAGGGGCACGUGGAGGUGGUGAAGACUCUGCUGCAGGCUCAUGCCAGCAUUGACCUGAGGGAUGACGAGGGGGACACGGCUCUGCACUAUGCAGCCUUUGGAAACCAAGCUGAAGUUGCCCGUGUGCUGCUGGCUAAAGGAGCCAGUGCAGACCUGCUGAACAAUGCCAAGUGCACAGCCCUGUCCAUUGCUGUCAGCCAGGGCUUCACAGAGGUGGUGAGGGCCCUCUGUGAGCUCAACUGUGAUGUCAACCUCCCAGAUUCCCAGGGAGACACCCCCCUGCAUUAUGCUAUCACUCUGGACUACAAAGUCGUGAUUGAGAUUCUCACUGAAGUUCCCAACAUAGAUUUCACUGUCCAGAACUGUCAAGGCUUCAACCUGCUCCACUAUUCUGCCCUGAAAGGCAACAAGCUAGCCAUAAAGAAGAUUCUGGCCAGGGCACGGCAGCUGGUGGAUUCCAAAAAGGAAGAUGGAUUCACUGCCCUGCACCUUGCUGCUCUCAACAACCACAUGGAAGUGGCUGAAAUCCUCAUCAAAGAGGGUCGCUGCGACGUCAACGUGAAAAACAACCGGAACCAGAGCCCUCUGCACCUGGCUGUGAUCCAGGGCCACGUGGGCAUGGUGCAGCUGCUGGUGAGCCACGGCAGUGAUGUCAAUGCUGAGGAUGAGGAUGGGGACACAGCCAUGCACAUCGCCCUGGAGCGCCAGCAGCUCAUGGCCCUGGCCAUGGAGAAACGGGAGGGGGAGAUGGGAGCGGCUCUCCUCUCCAAGCUGCAGGCUUCUGGCUUCCUGGGAAAUGUGGAGCUGAAUGUUGGGACUGCCAUUGCCUGCUACUUAGCACAAGAAGGAGCAGAUAUUAAUUAUGCAAAUCAUCGAGGAAAGUCUCCUUUAGACCUCAUUACAGAUGGAAGGAUUGUCCAGAUCGUCAAAGACUUCUCACAGAAAUUCAGGGAACAGCAGAUUUCUUCUGAGAGCUCAACCAUCACCUGCAGCCUUCGCCGUGUGCACACCACGCCCAACACCAUGACCAACCUCAGUGUCUCCAGCGUGGCAGUGCCCACAGAGUGCCUGGUCUGCUCAGAGCUGGCCUUGCUCAUCCAUUUCUUCCCAUGCCAGCACAGUAUUGUGUGUGAAGAAUGCUCCAGGAGGAUGAAGAAGUGCAUCAAAUGUCAAGUGACAAUAACCAAAAAGCUGAAACAAGAGAGAAAAAAAAAUAGAUUUUAAUAGAUUUUCUCAGGUGUCCCAGGCCAAGCUCAAGCUGCAUAGACAGGACAUUUAAGGGAGUUUUUACCUGGGCCUGGCUUGUUUUGUAUAUUGAAAACAAACACCAAGUUCAUUAGUCUGGUUUCACAUGGGGUGGUUUAACAGUGAAAAUUCAUGAGGGAGAGAAAAUUACAUCUUGUGCAAACCUUGCUUCUCUCUUGGCUGAGAAAUCAGUGUCUGUGCAGGGCUGGCAUGACCCAGCUGUCCAGAAAUCUCAGAGCUGGAGGAUUUCAAUAAAGCUCUUGAGCUCAAUUUCAGACAGAUUUGUCUCCUGCCCACAUUUCCCAGUGUCAGGAGGAGCUGUGAUGUCAGCAAGGCAGCAGCAGGGUUUGCUUUUGCCAUGGGAUUGCUGCAAGUUGCCACUGAAACUUUUUCCAGAGUGGUUGUGAGGGCUGAGAUCACUCUCAGGGCACGUGAGGAUUUCAUUGCAUGUCCUGCUGCUCAUGACUGAGCAUUCUGGGCUUUUUCUGGAGUCAGGCUCGAGCCUUGUGACUUGAUGCCUGGCAAAAAAAGCAGGAAUCAGUCCCAUGGUGUUGGACAUGCACAGCUGGCAGAGCCAGAGCUCCUCUUUGGAACUCCAUCAUGCCAAAAAUAUCACUUCUGACCUGACAGUGGACAGGAGCAUUUGUCUUUGCUGCAGACUGGCAGCAAAAUAAUGAUGGGAAUUCCAAAUAAGACAUUUGCAGGCAAAUUGCCAGUGGAGGAGGAGCAUCAAGGUCUCUGAAAUACCAGCAGGAUUUCCCUGGCAGGGACGUCUUCAGUGCUUGCCUUUGACAAACUCCCUGUCCCCAAGGACAGGAUUUGAAAUCACUUCUUGCACUGAUGUGCAGCUAAUUCCAGAAUACUGAGGAAAGGGACAUCUGUAGUGAAGUGUAAAGCUGCCUAAUCAGUGAUUCUGGAGCAGAAGAUGAACAGUGAGAGCUGAACAGGAGAAUAUUUACCCAAAUUCCAGUUACCCAGAAUUUGGGAUUCUUUCAUUUCACAGAGUCAAUCAAAUUACUCUUAUUUAUGUAGUUUCAUUUAUGUAAAAAUCAACAAGAGUGAUUCAGAUGGUUUCUUCUUGUGUGACCAUGAAAAGUACACACACAUUUCUUAGCCAGAAAUUGGAGUCCCAGGUGUCACCAGGAGGUUGAGAGAGCACAGUGCCCUGUAAGGAUCCUGCAUUAGCAGGACAGAACAUCACAACCAACUUGGAAUAUUUUCACUCGAAGGGAACAGCAUAUCCCAAAGCACCGAGGCAGGAAUCUCAGACAGGAUU